CUCACACAAAACAGAGUGUGUGGGGAUUGCUUGCCAGGCUUUGUCCGAACGCCUGACCGAUUCUCGACCGACUUUAACGCCUGUCCAAACAGAUGUUCAGACCUUCCCCGUGAUACGCCACAGUGCAGGGAUUGGUGGAGUAAUCAAGCGAGAGAACUGACGGAGGUAGACCAACCCCCGGAUACUACAGCUGUUGAAAGGCAUAUUGAAGAGGUGCAUCUAGAUGAUCUUGAUCCAUGUGAACCUAAAACCCCUCUAUGCAUUGACCCCUGUCACGAUGGAAACUUCUUCUUGGACUAUGAUGGACUCUGCAAGGCGUGUCUGUCAUGCCAGCCUGGAGAAGAACUCAAUAAGGUUUGCGGUCGAGGGAAAAAUGGUGAUGCUUAUUGUCGACGGUGUCCCGAAGGAACUUUCUCAGAGGACGGACUACAGAGAUGCUCCCCUUGUCGUAUCUGCGUCAACACUUUGGCGACCGAGUGCACUGCUUCAAGAAACACCGAGUGUGGAGAGUGCCUUCCAGGAUAUUACCAAGACGCAGAUGGAUACUUCCCGGACCAGGGAGCCUGCCCGAACAAGUGCCCUGAGUGCCCGAACACCGUUCCACAGUGCCAAGAAUGGUGCGAAUCAAGGACAAUGUCGGACCAGGCUACCGUCGGGCAAGAUGACGUCACCCUAGCGGAUGUGGCUGUGGAGAUUCCCCAGUCUGGUGCUGACGAUGGAAUCAAUGACGCGGCUAAUCCUCCUUCAGCUAGCCAUGGAUCCUACAUGCUCAUCUUCACAGUUCUCGCAUCCCUUCUGGCUGUCGUCAUCAUCGUCCUCAUUACCGUCCUCUUCGUGUUCCGUUGCCUGUGGAAAAGGUCCAAUGGGCCGACGCCACCGCUCCUACCGGGUUCGAGUGCGACAAGUUCACCCACUAGUUCACCCUCCAGAACUCCACCAACUGUUUACGAGCCUACAACCUUUCAGUAUUCGCCGGAAGGAGACGGCAGGGAACUCUGGAAUUUUAUGAGUACGACCUUUAAGAAUCUAACCGGUUCAAGACCCGUUAGUGGAGGUUCAACUGAUGCAGAGAAUGAGUCAUCUGCGGUUUCUACACCAACAAUGAACCUAGGCAGACGGCUGGCCGAUAGAGACCUGCUGAGACAUAUGAUGGUGAGACAAGUUGGUGUUGAUCAUGAUGAUUCCCCUCGAUUAACCACACCGAAACCACCUAAACACCAUGAUACCGUUACAGAAGAGCGAAUGGUCAAUUCAGCUGGUAGUAUGAACCAAUCUGUGGCUGCAAGACAGUAUGAUCGAGACAUUGAAGAUAGUUCCAGGCCUCGUGCACCAUCGUCGGGAAAGGUCGUCACCGAGAGAGCGUCUGGAACUGUCCAUCCACAUGUAGAGGAUACGGAUGAGGCUCCUCAUCCGUACGGAACGAGGGUCCGCCGUCGCUCUAUCAUGGAUGAAAAUCUCUUGCAACUUCCCAACGCUAACAGGAGGAGCAGUCUUUCAGAUCUGCUCCUACUUUCAGGCAACAAUCGGCAGAAUAAGUUAUGGAAUGGACGCAAUGGCAACACUGCACCAGUUCAGGAGGCUGAAGCUACACUGUUUCCUACUGAUUCUUCAAGUGCCAACGGACCAACUGUCGACGAUCCAGUAGAUACCAACAACACUAAGUCUGCAAACCCGAAGCAGCCAAGUCAAUCUCUGGAACCAAACGCUUCUUCACACAAAACCCCAACUGCUGCAGCUGGGACCGUUUUACCAAAGGAAAUCCCUGUCGAGAACUCCACUCACAAGAAUCCCGCCGCAAUUCCGGAUGACCAGGGAAGCAUUGGCAAUAAGUCACCCCGUGACACAAAUGUCACUAUCAACAUCACCAUGAACACAAAAGAAGUUGAGACUGUUCAUAUUGGUGAUGUACACAAUAAACGCAACUUCCGUGACGGUCCUUACCAGGGCAUCAAGGCAUCGGAACCAAACAACAACGACGACAACGGUGAAGCUCAAAAAUUGCUUAACGUAAACAUGUCCGCUUCCGAAACUGACACCCUUCACGUUGACAGCAGUGACCAUGAUGACGACGAUAAUGCUGAAAGAGAAAAAUUACUCGACCCCAAAUCAUCAUAG